AUGAAAACGAUGAAUGGAACCAAAGUCACCACUUAUCAACUUCAUCACCUUAAAGUUUACCGGGGCAACAAAACUCUCCCCAAACUCCUGAUGAUUCCCGUUGGCCCAUGCGCGUUGAACCUUCAAAAGAACAAGGACUAUUUGUUGAGUGGUCUCAUUGCCGGCAAAACGCAGUUGAUCUCGAGCGAGUGCUUUUCACUGCAAAACACUACAACUCCUGUGUGGAAUAAGGUUCCAAAAGCGAUCAAGACCGCCAUCACUAAGCUCACCUGCAAGGGACUCCCCACAAUUAAACCAACUCUCCCCACCGUCACACCGAAGAUCCCAAUUCGACCA